AUGUCGGCCAUCUACAACCUCGAGCCGCAACCGACGGCUUCCGUCAUCCUGCACACCACUCUGGGCGACAUCUCCGUCGAACUUUUCGCGAAACAAACACCACUCACCUGCCGCAACUUCCUUCAGCUAGCCCUCGACGGCUAUUACGACAAUACCAUCUUCCAUAGGCUUGUUCCGGGAUUUAUUUUGCAGGGUGGUGAUCCGACAGGAACCGGCAAUGGCGGCGAGUCGAUCUACGAUGGAGGCGCAUUCAGCGGCGAGCUGGACCCCUGGCCUAUGGACGAACGACGAGGUCACAACGCCGGCCCGACGGGCAUUGGCUUCAAGGACGAGUUUCACUCACGGUUGAAGUGGAAUCGGCGUGGACAGCUGGGAAUGGCAAACGAAAGCAAACCCGAUACGAACGGCAGCCAGUUCUUUUUCACGCUCGACAAGGCAGAGGAGCUGAACAACAAGAACACUCUGUUCGGUCGAGUAGCCGGCGAUACGAUCUACAACCUGGCAAAGAUGGGCGAGGCCGAAGUCACCCCAGGCACCGACCGACCGACGUAUCCCGUCAAGAUUACGAGCAUCGAGAUCCUCGUCAAUCCUUUUGAGGACAUGGUGAAGAGAUCGAGGGUUGCGACUCAGGCUCCGAAGACGGUUGCCGUCGAAAAGAAGAAGAAGAGAAAGGGCGGGAAACAAUUGCUUAGCUUCGGGGACGAGGAGGGAGAUGCUGAGGAGGUCCCGGUCUUGAAAAAGACAAAGUACGAUACGAGAAUAGUGAUGGACGUUGACGAGGAAGAACCAACUGAGAGACAGUCGACGAAGACCAAGUCGAAGUCCAAGGCAAAGGCCGACAGAGUGGAAAACCCGGAACCCCCACGUCAACCUGAGCCCGAACUCGCCGACGAGAAGAUAACACCGCCGACGAAAGUGGUGCCAGACGGGGGGAAGAGCAACAUUCCCAUCCGGCUGCAAGAGUCCCCGUCGCCCGAGCCCCAAGUCCGGAACACCAAGUCCGCCCUUGAGAAGACUAACGAGGAAAUUGCUGCUCUCAAGGCGUCAAUGAAGCGGAGCUAUCAGCCCGAACCGGUCAAGGAAACAAGGAAGUCGGCACUUGAAAGCAUGAUUCCGGAAACCUCAAUUCGAGGCAGGAGGAGAAGGCCCGGCGGCAACGCGAAUCCCCGCGACGAUCAGCAAGCACUUGACUUUUUGAAAGCCUUCAAAUCAAAGCUGGAGCAAGCUCCGGAGGACAAAAGCAACGGACCCAGCUCCGUUGAUGACGAUGUGACAGCCAGGGAGGAAAAAGCCGGGGACGAAGAGGCGGAACUUUGUGAUCUGCACUUUAUUGCCGAUUGCCAGAGUUGCAAGGCGUGGGAUCAGGCCGCCAAGGAAGAUAGCGACGACGAAGGGUGGAUGUCACACGCGCUGAGCUUCAAAGCGGACAAGCUGGGCAAGGAUCUCAGUUAUCGCAAAAAGGCUGAGGACGAGUUGGUUGUGAUUGAUCCUAGACAGAAGGCCCGGACACUGCAGGAGGAGAACAAGGCAUCGCGAGAAGCCCGGAGCGGAAACUCCGGACGGGAAUGGGAUCAGGCACGAAACUCGAAAAUGGCACGAGUUUCGGCUCUUGCGGGGAGAGGAGCCAGGUAG